AUGAGAAUCACAGCAAGACCUACUGACCCUCAGCUUUCUUCUGUAGGACUGGAUCUUCUACACUAGUUCUUUGGGAAUUGUGCUGUCUUCAUAUAAAGACAUAUUGCACUAGCGUGAUUUCCAUUUUGUUGGCUGGUUGUAUGAAGUAUAUAUAUUUUUAAAUGUAUUCACUGAUGAAUAGUAUUUGUAUCAUCCAUUCUGUUUUGGAAGAGGAGAUUACUAUGACCAGUCCACAUGCCAUGCCAGUCCACAAACAUUCUACUAUCUUAAAAUUUUAAUUUUGUAAAACAAAUAAGCAUUUAUUUGAGUAAUUAUCCUUUCACAGAUAUCAGGAAGUUAGCAGAUUAGAAAUUCUAUUCUUGUUAGCUGAUUUGUUUCAGUUCAUAUUAAUAGCUCUACACAGUGCUUGUAGAGACAAUUUGCAAGAAGUUUCUGGAUCCCACGCAUAUUUUGAAAGAGAUCAUACACAGAAGAAAACAAAUGAAAAUCCGGACUGCUUCCAGAAAAUAGAGAUUUCCAAUUUUCUGGAGAAAUGAUUUCAUACAUGGAGAGAAAGCUUGCCUUUCUGACUUACAUGAUUAUUUUGAUGUAAAGGAUCUUCUUUGUUUCAAGACUUAAUUUCCCGGGGCUUAACCCUUUGGCCCUCCUAAGGACACAGUAUUUACAAUCCAGUCUUUGAAAGCAUCUGAGGAGUGUGGAGGAGGAGGAGGAGGAGGAGGAGGAGAAGAAGGAGGAGGAGAAGAGGAGAGGAGGAGGGAAAGAUAGAAAGAGAGAGAGAAAGAUUGCUUGCUACCCCUGAACAGUGACCUCUCUCAAGACAGUGCUUUGCUCUUCACGUAUAAGGAAGGAAAACAGUAGAGAUUCAAUUUAGUGUCUAAUGUGGAAAGGAGGACAAAGAGGUCUUGUGAUAACUGCCUGUGAUAAUACAUUUCUUGAGAAACCAUAUUAUUGAGUAGAGCUUUCAGCACACUAAAUCCUGGAGAAAUGGCUUUUGUGCAUAUCAGAUGCUUGUGUUUCAUUCUUCUUUGUACAAUAACUGGCUAUUCUUUGGAGAUAAAAGUUAAUCCUCCUCAGGAUUUUGAAAUAUUGGAUCCUGGAUUACUUGGUUAUCUCUAUUUGCAAUGGAAACCUCCUGUGGUUAUAGAAAAAUUUAAGGGCUGUACACUAGAAUAUGAGUUAAAAUACCGAAAUGUUGAUAGCGACAGCUGGAAGACUAUAAUUACUAGGAAUCUAAUUUACAAGGAUGGGUUUGAUCUUAAUAAAGGCAUUGAAGGAAAGAUACGUACGCAUUUGUCAGAGCAUUGUACAAAUGGAUCAGAAGUACAAAGUCCAUGGAUAGAAGCUUCUUAUGGGAUAUCAGAUGAAGGAAGUUUGGAAACUAAAAUUCAGGACAUGAAGUGUAUAUAUUAUAACUGGCAGUAUUUGGUCUGCUCUUGGAAACCUGGCAAGACAGUAUAUUCUGAUACCAACUAUACCAUGUUUUUCUGGUAUGAGGGCUUGGAUCAUGCCUUACAGUGUGCUGAUUACCUCCAGCAUGAUGAAAAAAAUGUUGGAUGCAAACUGUCCAACUUGGACUCAUCAGACUAUAAAGAUUUUUUUAUCUGUGUUAAUGGAUCUUCAAAGUUGGAACCCAUCAGAUCCAGCUAUACAGUUUUUCAACUUCAAAAUAUAGUUAAACCAUUGCCACCAGAAUUCCUUCAUAUUAGUGUGGAGAAUUCCAUUGAUAUUAGAAUGAAAUGGAGCACACCUGGAGGACCCAUUCCACCAAGGUGUUACACUUAUGAAAUUGUGAUCCGAGAAGACGAUAUUUCCUGGGAGUCUGCCACAGACAAAAACGAUAUGAAGUUGAAGAGGAGAGCAAAUGAAAGUGAAGACCUAUGCUUUUUUGUAAGAUGUAAGGUCAAUAUAUAUUGUGCAGAUGAUGGAAUUUGGAGCGAAUGGAGUGAAGAGGAAUGUUGGGAAGGUUACACAGGGCCAGACUCAAAGAUUAUUUUCAUAGUACCAGUUUGUCUUUUCUUUAUAUUCCUUUUGUUACUUCUUUGCCUUAUUGUGGAGAAGGAAGAACCUGAACCCACAUUGAGCCUCCAUGUGGAUCUGAACAAAGAAGUGUGUGCUUAUGAAGAUACCCUCUGUUAAACCACCAAUUUCUUGACAUAGAGCCAGCCAGCAGGAGUCAUAUUAAACUCAAUUUCUCUUAAAAUUUCGAAUACAUCUUCUUGAAAAUCAGUGUUUGUCCUAAUAGUGUUGGGUUUUUGACUAAAGUGCUGGAUAUAUAUCUC